AUGGCGGCUGGGAGAAGUUGGCAAGGAGAGGAGACUCUUUGGGAGUCGGCGCGAUUGCAAUGGAGGGAGGAGGAGGAGGAGGAGGAGGAGGAGGAUGACGAGAAGGAGGAGGAGCAGAGCGGGAGUCGCAGGGAAAGCGCAGCAGAUUGGGGAGAGCAGAUGAUGAGAUGCAACGGCGCUGCUGCUGUUGGUAUCCACCAGUAUAAAAUACGGGCAAUCAAUAAUACGCGCCAAGAGGUGGCCAGGUUGGGCCGGCCGAUGGCGAUGAUCAGAGAAACGUGA